AUGUCAGUAAUAGGAAAGUUAGGAAAAACGGAUACAUUGUUUACCAAUCAAAUCAAAGACUUACUUAAAAUACCAAAAGUAGCUGAUGUAAUAAAGAAAGAAUUUAACAAUUAUCCACCUAACCUCACCGAUUAUAACACUGUCGCUGAGGACAAAACAUGUGCACGAAUUUAUCAUGCGCUCAAAACAGGAAGAUUUGCACCUUUCCAAGACGUAUUGUUGCAUCCACCAUCUCCCAAUUUAGUUAAUGAGAGCAAUCUGUUUGCGACUUGGAUUUAUGAAGGUCGUAAAAACCAAAAUGUGGACGAAACUCCAAAGGAACCACAGAGGCUCCCUGAUCCUUAUACUGAUAAACCACAAAACCUUUUGAAGUUUGAACAUAUUAGACCCUUGUUUACAGAUUGUGAUGAUUUUAAUAUGAGAAACCUCCAAAAUGAUUCAGAUCCAGAAAAAGCAGUUAAAGCAAUUCCCCUUCAUCCUACAAACGAUGAACAAUUUAAAAAAUUCGUAGACAAAAGAGAUCUUAUCCUUUAUGCAGUUAAAGGAAAAGCAAUGCCGAAAAAUGGAGAACCAUGGACUGAUGAAGAGAUUAAUUUUUUUUGCGCCUGGAUCUACGACGGUGCCGAACAAGGGGACAAGGACAAAAGUUUUGCCGAAACCAUUUCUUACAUGAAACCGACUUUUCCUGACGACGUUGAAUUAAAACAGGUCAAACUCACAGUGGAUGGGAAAACUUAUAAUAACAUUGAAAUAUAUGAUCUAAAGCCACCUUCCACUGCUGAUUCACUGAGCUAUGACGAACAUAUCAAAUUAAUGUUUGCCGAUGGCCAUAGAGAGGCAAUGAUGAAUUACAAACAUUUUGAUUUACAAAAUUAUGAUGAUGUUAACAAUAAAAAAGUCCUAAUUCUUCUUCGUUUAACAAGAAUGGAAUCGAAUGAUCCUUCGAAUGUGAAGUUAAUGCCUCAUGGUAAUCCUUGGCCUCAAAAAAAUAUUCUUCUAUUUUAUCACUGGGCAAUACAAGGUCCAAACUCUCGAAACGAUUCGGACAGUGGUCGUCCGCAAAAAUAUGAUAACAAUGAUCCUGAUUAUCAAAAUAUGCAAAAUUAUUAUAAGGAAUAUCUUAAAUAUAUAAGGGAUGGUUACAGAAAAGUAACAUAUAACUUUUAUAGCCAAGGCCAAGGCCAAGGCCAAUAA